CGCUCUGCCUGGGCAGGACGGAGCUCGCGCGAUCCACCCACCGAGGGAAGGAAACGCCCCCCCCCGCCCCAUCCUGCUACUACCUGGCCCGCCCAGGUGAGCGCUUGGUAGGCAGGCAGGCAGGCAGGCAGGCCGCGCGCUCACCCACUCUCGGCUGCCAGCCCAGGGUCGGGACGGGACGGGACCGGGAGAGACCACAACUCCGAGGCGAGAGAAAGCCCGCCCCCGGACUCUGCCCAGGUGCCUCCACGCAGGGGUGCAGAACUUGGCAAACAAUCAGCCUGAGCAUUCGUCCCCACAGAUGGUACCGACUGCCCCAGCUGGCUCAGGGGCCCCAAUGGCACCGGAUGACGGCACGGACUGGCUUCUGCAGCUGCUGACGGAAAUCCAGUUGGAGCAGUUUUACAGCAGGAUCCGUGACGAGCUUAACAUUACGCGGCCGGGCCACUUUGAUUAUGUCAGGCCAGCUGACCUCGACCGCAUUGGCAUGGGGCGCCCAGGGCAGCGGCGCUUGGAAGAAGCCUUGAAACGCAGGAAGCCUCCAGGGCAGCGUCCCAUGUCCUGGGUGUAUAAGAUGUUCACAGGAGGAAAAUGUCCAGAAAACGAAGAGACUCCCACCCCAGAGCCCUCGGCCCCCCGUGUGGAUGCUGACGUCUCUCUCAAAUGCCUGAUCAGCGAGUGGGACUUACGGAUCCGGGACCGGCUGGGAGACGGCUGCUUCGGGGUGGUGUAUCGUGCUGAAUGGAGCACCCCUGGCGGUGGAGGGCUUUCUGUGGCUGUGAAAUCCCUGCGUUCCGACGUCUCGUCUGACCCUGGCGCCCUGAUCGAUUUCCUCAAUGAGGUCAACGCCAUGUGCUGCCUAGACCACCCUAACCUCAUCCGGCUCCACGGGGUGGUGCUCACCCAGCCCCUGAAGAUGGUGACUGAGCUGGCCCCACUAGGCUCCCUCUACGACUACAUCCGCCCGCCCUUCUCCCUCCACCGGCUCUGGAACUACGCCCUGCAGGUCGCCAAAGGGAUGGCCUACUUGGAGUCCAAGCUCUUCAUCCACCGUGAUUUGGCGGCACGCAAUAUCCUCCUCGCCUCCGAGGAACAUGCCAAGAUUGGCGACUUCGGUCUCAUGAGGCCGCUGUCGAGCAAGAGCGACCGCUACAUCAUGUCCGCCCACCGGCGCAUCCCCUUCGCCUGGUGUGCACCUGAGAGCUUACGCAUGGGGAUUUUCACCAAUGCCUCAGAUGUGUGGAUGUACGGGGUAACCCUCUGGGAGAUGUUCUCGUACUGUGAAGAGCCAUGGAUGGGCAUGUCUGGACGGCAGAUCAUGCUCAAAAUAGACAGAGAAGGGGGACGACUGGAGCGCCCCGAUGAUUGUCCCCGGGGGAUCUAUGCCCUGGCCCUGAAGUGCUGGGCGCAGAACCCGGAGGAGAGACCCCACUUCCGUGAGGUGGUCAGCCUGCUGCAAGAGCUCCGUCCAAAGGAAGUGAAGGCCUCCCAGCAGCUGGCCGAGCCCGGGUGGCUGCGUCUGGAAGCCAACGAUGCCGUCACGGUGAUUGAAGGCAGUGCCAGUUCGGCCAUGUGGCGUGGCCAAAAUCAGCGCACCCUGAAGGUGGGCAUCUUCCCACCCUCCGCAGUGACGACAGAGGAAGCAGCGCCCCCUGCUGGGGCACCUCGAAUUAGCCUCCCCAUCCGGAAUUCCUUUGUUCACCUGGGUCACGGAGACACGGACCCUGAACGCAGCUGGGGGACUCCGAAAAGGAUGGAGGAGAAGAAAUCAAAACUGGGCCACACCAAUGCUCAGAAACGAACAGGAGCCCAGCAGCUGCUGCAGCUGGCGCGUCUCUCCAAAAGUCUGGAGUCCAUCUCGGAAUUCAGCGUCCUGCGCAGCAGACCCAAGCUCCCGGCUUUCAAAGUGGAUCACCCUGGUGUGCCUGUACACCGUCGGUUCAGUGACCUCCCAAGCCCCCUCCCACAAGCUCCACAGCCAGAGCACUUGCCUGCCAAAGCUACCUCCCGUCUUCCCAACCCAGCAUUGCCUACCUGGGCCCUGCCCAAAGCGGACUCCUCUCCAGGGGCCAGGGAGAAGGAUCUGAGACCACCCCGGCCAGCCCCCAAAGGAGUCGCAGUGCCCUCUGGUGGCCCGAGGCCAACCAUCAGUGAGAUCGAGAAAAAGAUCAAGGCGGUGGAAGGGAGAGUCCACGGGGCAACCACGGAGGAGUGUCGUGAGGCCUUGAGACUAAGCGACUGGCACCUGCAGAAAGCCACCCAGAUGCUGAAGGUGGACCAGCUCUUCCACCUCAGCUCCCACUCACGCGAAGAGUGCCGUUGGAUCCUGGAGAGGCACCGCUGGAACCUCGCCAUGGCCUCGCGCUACGUGCUCAGCCGGGGACUCCGCGCUUGACCGGGAGGCGGUGCCAGUGGGAUGGACUCCAAGGGGCUGUGAGCUCUGGACUCCCACUUCCGCCUGCAAAUGCCCCCCAGGCAGACGCCAAGAGGAACUGGGCUUUCCAUGUUGGUGGCCACGCCGGGCGAGGGGGCAGGCCAAGAGGCAGGGGGCUGUCCAUCUCUUGGGCAGCAGCUUCUCCAAGCCUCUUCCCUACGCCCGCAGAGUCCUGGCUCCUCUGCAUGGGCUGCCCCUCUCCCAGCGGCUCCACUGCAUCUCCAGCUGCUCUUCAGCACUGACUCCUGCCACCUUUUUGGAGAGUUGCACAUGGGGCCCUUUCCCUCCCCACUCACAAGAUAAAUGGGGAAGUUCUCCUGCAGAAGCACCACCAGAAUGGACAGGAGCUGCACAACAGCACUACCAUUCCCUCGCCCGUUCCCUGUCCAUUUCAGAGGAAUUGUGCAGAACUCCCUGCCUAUCCUGCCCGCUCUGUAGAUGCAUUGGUGGCGGUGUGCGUCUCUCUCCUCUGCCUGCCUGCCUCCCAGGGAAACGAUGGAUCCGUCAGGGUUGCUCUAAAGGCAGUGGAUGUUCAAGUGCAGGGAUUCCCAACCUGGGGUCCUGUGGCUCUCUCCAUCUGCAGCUGGGGGUGGGGAGGCUCACUUGACUGGAGACUCAUUCCUACAAAAUAUUCUCCACACACAACUAGCCAAUGUCAAGGAGACCUCUAGCCCAGUCUGGCGUUUCCUCAGUGCAAAAAAUGCUUCUGUAUGAGAGAAGCAUUUGGACACAUGAGCUUCCAAGUUUAAACUUCUGAACCAGACGCAGUGAGAACCAAGACCAAGCAGAGCGGGGAACGAGAGCCAACUUUCCGCCAGCACUCGGAUUCUGUACACAAGGUGAAGUGUGUGCAGAAAUGUGUGUUCCCUGUGUAAAUAAAGUAUCGGGGUCCACAAAGGCGUGACUCUGUCAUGGCUA